GGGGGGUUGUUGAAUGCUGCUUAAAGCUUCAGUUGAAGAUGAUUCAGGUUUGGUGGGAACAGACACUGAAGUCGUUUCUCAAGCCCUGUUAAAUGAAAAAAUUCACAGUUUGUACAAACCACAGUUCAAUCUAACACCAUUGGGCUCAGCAAGCAUGUAAGUGGAAAGAGGAAGGAAGUUGGGUGUGUUUAACAGUUUAAAUGUAUCUUUCUCUUACAGAAUCUGUCUUUAUUCUCAGCCUCUUCUGUGUUGUAGGUAGACGUGUCUGUGAUGUGACUGAGUUUCAUCUUGUGCACAUUAUUUAUCUGUGGAGGUUUUUAUAGUUUGAAGUCACAGACGAGAGCAGCAGCUACUAUGAGUGUAACUGCAGCAGCCAGUGGAUUUGUUGUCCUUCUUCUCACUGUGACAGUGGUACAGUGUGAGAAUGGCUGGGAUGUGAGUUACACUUCUACUGAGAUCUGUGCCUUCAGAGGAUCAACAGUGGACAUUACCUGUACCUACACAUACCCAUCCAGGUGGAAGAACCAUGAUAUAACAGUUCAGAAAACUUUCUGGUUCAUUAAAGAGAGUAAUGGGAUUCACGUUGCUCUAAGGACUGAUCCGGAGUAUUCAGGUCGUGUGGAGAAUCUCUGUGGAAACAACAAGUGCACUCUGAGAAUCUCUAACCUGAGAGAGAGCGACUCAGCUGUGUACAAGUUUAGGUUCACAACAAACCAACCUACUGGGAGUUUAACUGGUUCAGCUGGAGUCACUCUGUCUGUCACAGAUUUGCAUGUGCAGGUGAGAGGAUCAGUGAAGGGUGACUAUUCUUACAAGGCAGAGCUCAGGUGUCAGAGCAGUUGUCGUCUUCCUGAUCAUCUGAACUACGUCUGGUACAAGAAUACACAGAAGAUGAAUGAGGAAGGAGAAUCUUAUUCAGGUUCUUUUGAAUCUGAAGACAGAGUUUCCUGUGCUGUUAAAGGACUCGAGGAUUUCCGCUCUCCGUCAAUGUUGGUGAGGAGUCAGAUUGACUGGGGUGUGAGUUACACUUCUACUGAGAUCUGUGCCGUAAGAGGAUCAACAGUGGACAUUAACUGUACCUACACAUACCCAUCCAGCUGGAAGAACCUUGAUAUUACAGUUCAGGAAACUUUCUGGUUCAUUAAAGAGAGUAAUGGGAUUCACGUUGAUCUAAGGACUGAUCUGGAGUAUUCAGGUCGUGUGGAGAAUCUCUGUGGAAACAACAAGUGCACUCUGAGAAUCUCUAACCUGAGAGAGAGCGACUCAGCUGUGUACAAGUUCAGGUUCACAACAAACCAACCUACUGGGAGUUUUACGGGUUCAACUGGAGUCACUCUGUCGGUCACAGACCCUCAGCUCCAGGUACAUGUGAGGAGAUCAACAGCCAAUCCAUCUUCUACCUGGACAGAGCUGACCUGUCACAGCAGGUGUCAGCUCCCUGAUCAUCUUUCCUACGUUUGGUACAAUAACAAUAAACUUGUUGGACGAAAUAAAUACUUUCACCUCCGACACUUUAAUCCUAAAGACAGCUAUCACUGUGCUAUAGAAGGACAGGAGCGUUUCCCUUCUCCUACAGUGUACUAUCCUUCAGAUGCUCCAAAGCCUCCCUCUGUGUCAGUGAGUCCCUCUGGUGAGAUCAUGGAGGGCAGCUCACUGACUCUGACCUGCAGCAGUGAUGCUAACCCAGCAGCUAAAUACACCUGGUACAAGAGAAGUGGAGAUAAACAAGUUCAACAUCUCAGUGAAGAGACACAAUUUGUCCUCAGCUCCAUCCGGUCAUCUGACUCUGGAGAGUAUUACUGCACAGCUGAGAAUGAGCUGGGAAGGAGUUCAGCAAAAAUCUUUAUUACUGUGACAUAUGCUCCAAAGCCUCCCUCUGUGUCAGUGAGUCCCUCUGGUGAGAUCAUGGAGGGCAGCUCAGUGACUCUGACCUGCAGCAGUGAUGCUAACCCAGCAGCUAAAUACACCUGGUACAAGGAGAACCGAGCUCUGCUUCAAGGACCAGAGGGUGUUUAUCAUCUCUCCUCCAUCAGCUCUGGGGACAGCGGGGUCUACUCCUGCAAGUCUGAGAAUCAGUACGGACGGAUCAACUCCACGUCUCUACACUUAGACGUCCAGUAUGCUCCAAAGCCUCCCUCUGUGUCAGUGAGUCCCUCUGGUGAGAUCAUGGAGGGCAGCUCAGUGACUCUGACCUGCAGCAGUGAUGCUAACCCAGCAGCUAACUACACCUGGUACAAGGAGAACGAGGACUCACCAACAGCAUCAGGACAAAUCUUCACCAUCACUAAUAUCACAGCUGAACAUGGUGGAAAGUAUCAGUGUGAGGCCCAGAACACACACGGACGUAGUAACACCACCUUACAUCUGACUGUUGGAGCAGGGAAGUUAGUGAUAAUCAUGAAUAUCAUCAGGCUGACUCUGGUGGUCGUGCUGGUUCCAGUGCUUGUCUGGACUCUGUGGACGAGGAUGAAGAAAACUCUGAGCUUGAAAUCAGAAGUGAAUGAAGCUGUGGAGAUGAUAGAGUCACACAACUGUCCUGAGUAUGAGAACGAUGCUGCUGCAGCACAGACAGAAGACACAGAGGAGCAGGAAGACCUGGUGUGAAGCAUCAGGUGCACUGUGAUUGGUUGAUGAAAGUAUUUAGGAGGGAACAGGAAGUAUCUCUCUUUCCAUCCCUGGUUGCAGCAGCAGCAGUUUGUACAGGAUGACCUUUAGAUCAAGAGUAUUGUUGUGUUGUUUCUUUUCUUUUUCUUUUCUGAUGGGUCCAGUCGUCUAGUUUUCGCAGCUUUAUUUCUGUGAGCUUUAGUUCUGAUGUUGGUUUAGGUUGAAGGAAGAUUCUCAGAUCCUACGACCCUUUGUGUGUUGGUGUGUUGGGUUUUCUUUCUUUUGUUCAUUUUACCGGCCUGUUGUUGAAGUUGCUGUUUUUUCUGCUUUAAAUUUAUCUUUUUUUUGCUGUUACCCUCUGAACUAUGUUGGACGUCUUGGUGAUGAGCCUUUGAGGCUGUGGUAACACCACGUUACUCAUCUUGUGUCUUAUACAUGAUAUUAAUGUGGUUAUUAAAUGGAUAAUUAAUUAUUAUGUAUCAUGAUUUUAUGAUUCUUUCUUAAAUAAAGGUUUUUGGUCUUUUGUUUUCACUCCUUA